AUGGCCCUCCUACGCUGCACUAUCCUCUUAUACAUCCCAUUUGUUUGCGCUUCACUUCUGCACCUCAAUGGCACCAUUAUCCAUACACUUGAUGCCAACGACUCUCCACCUAGCAAUAACACCAGAACUUUGUGGGACAUCAUCUGGAGUUGUGGUGUAACCUUAUUUGCAUGCGCGUGGACCGCCAUUCAUCCGAACAUUCAGGGUAUGGAAGAGAAGACACGCUAUAUUGUCUUUCGUCGUAUAUGCAUCAUGGCCAUGGUAUUGGUCGCUCCAGAACUCAUUAUCACCUGGGCUUCGCGGCAGUUUUUCAGCGCUAUUGCAAUUAAAAAACGGUUCAAUGAUGCCUUGAAUUGGACAAUCACUCAUUCGUUUUUAGCAUGGAUGGGUGGGUUCAUCCUAUACGUCAAUGACGAGCCGCGAGCUACUCUUACACCCGAUGAACUCCUACAAUUUGUUCUUCGGGAAUCUGUGGACAUGCCUGUCAUCCAGAAGGCGGACAUCGAAGACCGAAGCAAGGGUGACAUACUAUCCAAAGGUGUCGCCAUUCUUCAACUUGUAUGGUUUGUUCUCCAGCUCGCCGCUCGUCGUGGCCAGAACCUUCCAAUAUCACUGCUUGAAAUCGACACCCUGGCUAUAGUUGUUCUGACAUGUGUUGCCUAUUGCUGGUGGUGGAAGAAGCCAAAAGAUGUGAGACGUCCUUAUAUUGUUCAUUGGAAAGCAACAGCAUUACCGUUGGGCGACGCAACCUUAACAUACGAGUAUGUUAUUGUCAAUAUUCUUGCCUGA